AUGACCCAUGUAUUGCGACACGCCGUCCCGCAAUGUCUUCAAAAGGUGCGACAAAUCAAGAACCUACUCCAUCAGCCCGAGGGUCGACAGAUUCUAUCAAAUGGCGAUAAGCGGCGGGCCGAAGUCGAUCUGGCCGAGUGCGAGACCACCUUACAAAUAUUGGACGGCGAAAUCAGCAACGAUAACGAAGACCAAGAAUCAUCCCAAGGAAGUCUUGCGAACCACCUCAACAUCAUUCUGAACGACCUGAAAUCCGUAGACAACAUCAUUCGGGUGUGUGUCGACAGCAGCCUACCCUUGCCACAUAAUGUCCCUGGUGUCCGAGAUAGUUUAGAGGAAGAGUUGCGCAACCUCAUCGAAGACAUCGGAACGGUACAGCGUCUCCGCCCAUCCCGAAUCCCGAACGGCCCGAGCCCCAAUCUUCGAGGUCUACUAAGCCGACACGGGAAACUCGAAGAGCACUUCACCGAGUCGCUCAAAGCGCUCAUACUUCCCCUGAUAGGCGGGCAGCCGCUGCUUCAUAAGAAUAUUGGAGCCAUAAAGCCGCUAUGGUCAGAACUUCCGCCUAUACACAACCCUGUGGGGGAAGAGAUCGGAAGUUCAAAGUGGAUCAACGACAAUCCGCAGAACGAUGGCUAUGUCAUCAAAGCAGACACGAUCCAGAUGGCAAGAACUGUGCUUAGAAUACUUUGCAACGCAUGGCUCUCUAUACCCGACCAGAGCAGUAACCCACAAGUUCGUGCGACGUUGAUGCGGUUGCGACGCAUGCCGAAAAUUGUCCUGACUCUAAAGAGUAUGCGAGGCUCUCGGUGGAUUGAUUAUUUCCUUCAUUCGGAAAUUGACGACGACUCAUUCCCUUUGAGCGAGGCCAUGCUCAAAUCGACUGUCUUUCCCGAGACUUGCGCUGCAGAUGCAGAGCGCUUCUACGCCGAGCAACGCAGAAUUCAACCACGUACAUGGGGGGAUCAGCGCUUUUUCCAGCUCUCACCAAAGGAACCGCUUCCAUAUCACAGAGACCAUCACCGGGGCAAAGGCGGGUUUUCCGACGUAUACAUAGUUCGCAAUGCUUUCGACGACAAGCAAUAUGUCCUCAAGGUUACCAAAGAUUCUGGUGGUCCGCGUGCCCACGACCACCUCCGCAAUGACGCAGAACAUCUUCAGGAGAUAUGCAAUGAUUGUCGGCAGGAACAUAUUCCUCACAUUGUUCGGUUGGUCAAUACCUUCUCCCGUGGUCAUCAAUUCGGUCUGGUGAUCACACCUGCCGCGGAUUGCAACCUGGAGCAGCUCCUGUUCAACUCUGCUCAGGAUCCGGAGGCUUUACGUUUCCUCAAGCCCUCCUUGCUCAAAGCCAUUGGAUGCCUGUGUCGCACACUCGUAUACAUCCACGAAGUCAAGAGCAAAAGACAUCGAGACAUCAAACCACAGAAUAUCCUAUUCCAACGGAUCAGCUCGGACGGCAACUCGAAUUUCCUCUGGUCCGACUUCGGUCUAGCUAAGCAGCUGGCCACAGAUGCGAAUGCGCACAGUGCCACGUACUCAGACUUUCAAGGAACCAUCCAGUACGCGGCGCCGGAACAACUUGACAACGAUGUUGCCCAUGGAAGGAGUGCGGAUGUGUUUUCAUUCGGUUGCAUCAUGUUCGAGAUUGUUGGUUCAAUGCUCUAUCAGGAGUACUCCAGGGACGCCAAUGGAUUCCCACGUCGACUUCAAAACUACAAAGACAAAAUCAACAUGCUGCACCAAGGAAUUGAUGCUCUUAUCACAGAAGAAAGGCGGAAGAGCCACCCGCAUCUCGCGGCGAUCCACGACAUAUUUCAAGGAGCCGGCAAUCAACAUCGACGGCACCAUAGCAGUUCAGACGCAGAGCCGCCGAGCGGCCCGAGUCUUACGCCUCUCUUGAAGCUCAUCAAGAAGAUGACAUGUGCUGAGCCCACUAAACGACCGAAGGCCAUGGACGUGGUAAGGACAUUGUUCGAUAUGCGAACAGAGGGUCUUGAGUUGUUCUGUCCUGAGUGCUUUGAUGCGGUCCAGUGUAACAAGGCAGGCCCUUUCAGCGGUAGGCGAAAAAGAUGGUAUGAACUAUGA